GUGCGGCCCUAGUGCGUGCACACUGCUCGCUGGUCAGUUGUUGUCGGUUGCGUCACGGCGAUGCAAGUACCGCACUCGGAUUUAGAUAAUUAUAAUUAACCUUACACGCGGGCAAUUCGGUUUAAUUGUUUAUUAAUAGUUUCUGAAUUAAACGAUCGUCUUAAUUACACUUUGAUACGACGUAAUAGUGUGUAUAUUUUUUAGUAAUUUUGUAUUUUUCGUGUGUUAUGCAAUUCAGUGUUUUUAAAUCGCACGAAAUCAAAACAAACUUCAUGCUCUUUAAAAAAAACUACGAAAGUUAAAACAAAAGUGAUCGCCCUAAUCGCGAUAAAUAAAAGUCGCCUAGUCUAUCGACGAAUAAGCCAUAGUGGGCAAGUUGGGCGCGUGGGCGCAGUGGGCAAUAGGCGCAGUGGGCGCAGUGGGCGCAGGACGCAGCGUGUAAUGCGCGCGAUUGUCGGGUAGCCGAGCACGCCCAGGCAGCGCCGUGCCGCCCUCAGAACUACCGGCCAUGGCGACCGAGACCGCGAGUGUCGCAUAUUACAGCGGCGGUGACCGUGUGUGCGCAGGCGGCGCCGCGGCCGAGCAGCAGUACUCGCUGCGCUGGAACGACUUCCAUUCCGCCAUGGUCUCCUCCUUCCGUCGCCUGCGCGAUGAGGAGGACUUCGUCGACGUCACGCUCGCCUGCGCCGGCGCAACAUUCUCUGCGCACAAGGUGGUGCUGUCGGCGUGCAGUCCAUACUUCCGACGACUGCUAAAGGCUAACCCUUGCCAGCACCCUAUCGUCAUCUUGCGGGACGUUCACGACAAGGACAUGGAGAGCUUGCUCAGGUUCAUGUACCAAGGCGAAGUGCACAUCGGACAGGAACAACUGAAGGAGUUCCUUCGCGCGGCGCAGCUGCUGCAGGUGCGUGGGCUGACUGACGUGCCGGCUCCUGCGCCACUGGCCACUCUUGACCAGAAGCCUUCUCCGCAGUCUGCAUCAUCAUGGACGGAGGGCAGUGCGUCACGCGAAGGACGGGAGGUCCGCGACAGCCGUGAAGGGCGGGAGGGCCGUGAGGGGCGGGAGGGCCGCGAGGGACGGAGGUCUCGGCGUGCGGAGGAAGGAGCAGCAAACACACCUCCGCCGAAAAGAGCGCGUUCUUCCGACCUCUACCAAGCGCAGAUGAAAACCAGGACGGAGCAACUGCUGGCGCAGGCGAGCCCCGAGGCGCUCGCCAACGGGCACGAGCUCGCGCUGUUCGGGCACGCACUGGACGCACACGCGCCGCCCGCGCCGCACCUCGCCGCACUCAACAACCUGUCCGGUUCCGGUGAGGGGGACGGGGAGGGGGAGGAGUCGUCGUCGGACGCGGGCGCGAGCGACGCGGAGGGCGAGCCGCGCGCCAAGCAGGAGCCCAUCGACUACGACGACCCGGCCGCGCUCGCGCACACCAACGGCGCGCUGCCGCACAACUUCCCCGGACUGCUCAACCUGCAAGGCUUUGCCGGCCUGCCGGGACCAUCAGGAAUGCCGGACAAUUUCGGCGGCUGCAGACGGACUCAGGACUUGUUGCGCGUGCGUGCGACGGACCCACGCCCAUGCCCCAAAUGUGGCAAGAUCUAUCGCUCCGCCCACACGCUGCGCACACAUCUAGAGGACAAACAUACCGUCUGCCCUGGCUACAGAUGCGUGCUGUGCGGAACAGUGGCCAAGUCGCGCAACUCGCUGCACUCGCACAUGUCGCGGCAGCACCGCGGCAUCUCCACCAAGGACCUGCCAGUGCUGCAGAUGCCCACGCGCUUCGAUCCAGAACUUGCCAGCCAGUUGUUAGCGAAAGCGGGCGUGAAGGUGUCGCCGGAGCAGCUGCGGGCGCGCGCGUCGCCCACCGAACUGUUUGUCCGUAAAACGUGGACGUAG